AUGACUUGGCCAAAACAAAGCUUCAGCGCAGAUACGAAUCGGCCAAAUCAAUGCUUUUCGAUUUGCACAUUCAAAGUUGUGUCGCCGAAUAUUUUGUCCUUUUCUGAAGGCGCCUCAAAAAUUGAUGUAUUAUUUGAAAAUUUGAGCCUUACGCCAACCUCUGCCGAACUUAACCCUGAUUCUUCUGGUAGUUUCGAGUCAGUUUCCUUUGAUGCAACCUGUUUGUCGAAUUCGAACGAUGACCGUCGUUACUCCUAUGUAUGCGAGCGCAUUGUGAAGGGUGAAAUGCUUCGCUGCAAUUUCUGCGAUGGGGAUAUAGCGGACAUAAGAAACAUCACGAAGGUUGAUAACCUCUCGUCGGUUGAUGCCCUGGCCAGCUCCGAACUGAGCACAUUUUUCUGUCACGAAAAGAACCCAGCCACUGAAGUCAGUGGCACCGCGCUCUCGAGAUUGGUUGCUAAUCUACCACCUUCCUCUAUUCUUACCAAUGGGAUUGAAAUGAUUUUUAAUUCCGGUGUAUGGAUUUAUAAAUCCACAAAGUUGAUAUCGAAAUUGGAGGGUGUUUUUUGUUCCCGGUGCCAUGUAAUGCUCGGUCGUCUUGUUGGCUCCGGUGCUGACACCGUGAUCGUUCUCUGGACCGCCAAUGUUAAGGUUUGGACACAGGAAGUCGAUAUUGACGGCGAUUAUCUGCGUCAUGUUGAGCUUCCGCUUAUGUGCGAUGUUUAUUAUUAUAACCUUAUUCCCUUUAGUCAACACGAUGUGGACUUUUUUGAAUUGCUUUUUUCACGAAUGCUGGAGGAUGGACGCUAUCGUUUCGUUCUUUCGGCUGGCUCGUACGAAACCCCGAUGAAGUUUGCUUUGAUUUGGUUGUUUGAACAGCGCUCCUGUCUCUACACAGCUACGAUUGACACGACAAGGGUCGCCUCCCCUUGCAAGAGCGAUGCAUCGAGUCACGCCGAGGUGGCUGAGCGAGCUCCUGUUUUGAAAGUGCUCUACCGCCUCCUGACAUCAGUCGGUCCUACCGAUCCUUUAAAAGUAGCGGAUCCCCUCUUCGAUGAGUGGAGUCGAGACUUUUCUGUGGGUCAUUUACAAUUACCGCUAGAGACCUGUACACAGCUGGCGACUUGCCUGUCCCAGGUCACUCAACGUCUGGCACCGCAACUGCGCCGUGGCAAGGGCCACACGGAGGGCUUUACUGUCGGUGGAGUCCCUGUGAGAGCCUGA